GGGCCGGAUCUCCCCAAGCGGUUUCCGGAUUUAGGCGGUGACGCUAUCAGUCAUCAUCCCAAAGCCAAAAUACGCAUUAUUCAACGAAGAGUAGUAUACCAAGGAAACGAUGGGAAGGCCUCGUUUUCUGGCACUGGUUCUCAUGUCAGCCCUUGUCUUCCUCUCCUCCUCUCAGGGAUAUGGGAGAAGCAUUAGGGUGAUGAGGCAUUAUGGGAGGUGGCAUUCUCCUGAGCCUUUAGUACAUCAGGAAAAUUCAGGGAUAGAGAGGGAUAUGAUGGAGGUGGAGAUCGAUUAUAGAGAACCUGGAGCCAACACUAACCCAAGGAGUGGGAGAUUUCUCAAUUCUCCAACCUUACCUCCUGUUCCCUAAGCUUCAGCAUUAGCUCUCAGGAAGAAAUUAGCUUAGAUAAGAAUAAGCAGUGGGUGGGUUUCUCUUCUUAGAUGACCUCCUUUUUGCCGACAAAAUUGAAAGGAAUGGUGCAAUGUUUUUUAGGCCUGAGUUUCCUUCUCUUUUUUUUCCACAAAUAUAUGCUUCUCAUGGAGGUAUAUCUAGUCUCUAGGCCUUAUCUGCAUAUCAUCUGCCACCAUAUGUACCUUAAGCAAACUACGGCGAUUUAAUUAUCUUUAUCUUUUAAUUACUAAUAUAAAAACAUUGCUUGUCUUUUUUAU